AUGACUGAAUAUUCGACUACUUUUAACGAUAUUGAAUCUGAGAAAGAGAAUAUCCUACCUUUGAAGCAAGGUAGAUCUGCUUUGCAUUUGUCGCAAAUGUUACGACAGGAUAUGUCUCAGUUAAACUCAACAAAAAUAAUUUUUGAAAAACGAUUGAUGGAAGAGCUUGAAGAAAUGGAUGAUCCUUUGGAACUUUACUUGGAAUACAUCCAAUGGAUAAAUGAUGCAUUCCCUCAAGGUGGAACAUCCAAGCAGAGUGGGAUGUUAGAUUUAAUGGAAAGGUGUUUGAUGUAUCUAAAAGAUGUAGAUAUUUAUAAAAAUGACCCAAGAUAUUUAAAAAUUUGGCUUUGGUACAUCGAUCUGUUUGCUAGAGGAUCGUUGGUUGAUAUGAAAGAUAUAUUUGUUUAUAUGUAUCGUAAAAGGAUUGGGGUAAAGUUAACCUUAUUUUAUGAAGAAUUCGUGAAUAUAUUAAUGAAUAUGAAAAGAUUUAAAGAAGCCAUGUUCAUCUUAGAAAAUGGUUUGGAAGAAAAUGCAAGACCAUUAAAAAGAUUACAAAAAAAAUAUGAUGAAUUUAGUGAAAGAGUACGAGAACUGAAUAUUGACUUAACUUUUGAUAAACUUAAUUGUAAACAUAUGGAAUUACCAGAUUUGCUUAAAAAUUUCGAACCUCCAAAAAUGGUGUUAGGAAAAGAAAGAGAUGAAUUUAUAGAAACAUUCCAAGAAAGCAAUAAUGUUGAAAAAUUACAAAACAAUAAAAUACAAAUAUUUCAAGAUGACGCAAAUGAUUCUAAUAAUAUAUUAAUAGAUAAAAAUGAUGGAUGGGAUAUGUUGAAUCCCAAAAAUGUUCGAGAGAAGGAGAAUAGAUUACAAAGUACAAUGUUGGAGUCUGGAAUUAAUGCUGGAAAACUUAAACAAAGUAUUGAUAGUAUAGAAGAUGCUCCGAUUAUCAACUCUAAUCAUAAGCACGUCGGAAAAAUCUCAAUAUUUCAAGAUAAAAUUGGAAGAACUGAUCCUGUAUAUAAAAUAAUUGAAAUACCUGGAAAGAAGACUGAAAAAAUUGAUGUUAAUUUCAACUUAAUAUAUCCUGGUGAUAAUGAAGAAUACUGUUUUGAAGAAUUGAUGGCUAUUUCAAGGAAUGUUUUUGAAAUACGGCCACAAAAACAUUUAAUCAUGAAAGACUCACCACAAAAUAAAAAAAUAAAAACAAAUAUUGAACAGCCAUUUACUGAAAAAGACAUUGACAAUUCACCAGAAAUACCUUCUAUUAUUAACCAGAUUGGCAAUCUGCAAAGCUCAAAUAGCAACUCUGCUAUAACAUCUGCUCCAAACUCUCAAGAACAAGUUGAAAAUGUAAAUUUUACAAAAACAUCAAUAUUGCCAUUGAAUGAUACUGGCAAUAGAAUUACUCCAAAAAAAGAAAAUACUUUAGGAAUUAUGACAGCUAAUAAACUCAAUAACUCUCCAACUAUAACCUUCUUUUCAAAGAAUGCCAUUAAUGAAGUUUAUUCCAUGUUUAAUCAAAAUUAUGAGGGACCAAAUAGCUUGGGAGACAAUGACGAACAUACUGAGAAUAAAUUUGCAUUAUAUGAAAAUACCCAAGAGUUUACUAAACAAAAUCUAGAUGAUUUGACUGAAGUGAAAAAUGUGGCAAAAAAUAACUUAAAUUCUCAGAAAUCAGUUGAAGAAGAUACAGAAACUUUACAGCAACAAAUGAAAUUACCAGAACAAAAGAUCGAAACAAGACAGGAAUACAGAACCUCUAAUACCAAUAAUAUGAUGACCCCGAUUAAAGAAAAUAAAGAAAGUUUCUAUUCUACUUCCCAAAGCUCACCUUUUUUAACACAACCUAACCACUAUAGAAACAAAAAUUUAAUUAUUAAUCCUUUGAGCAUUGAAUUAAGAACUCAAUUGUUGUCUAAACUUACUUUACCUUUAAAGUCAUAUCAAACUUUCUAUGAUUAUAAGCAACCAUUGAAAAUGAGUGCCUUUUUAAAAAACAUCCAUAGAUUAAGCAUUUCUGAAAACAAAAAUCCAAUUGUUGAUUUCAAGAAGACUGGUGAUCUUUAUUGUAUCAGAGGUAAAUUAGGGGAAGGUGGAUAUGCUACAGUUUAUUUAGCUGAAUCAAGUACAGGCCGUUUAAAUGCUUUAAAAGUUGAGAAACCUGCAAGUAAAUGGGAAUAUUACAUUUUAAAACAAAUUGAAAAAAGAUUAAAGGGUGAUUCUAUAUUAAGAUCUAUUAUUCAAGUUAACUCAUUGCACUGCUUUACUGAUGAAAGUUAUCUUGUCUUAAAAUAUGCCGAUCAAGGUACUUUACUUGAUUUGAUUAAUCACUACAAAAAUAAAGUUAAUCAAUCUAAGGAUAUUGGCAUUAACGAAAUUCUGUGUAUGUUUUUCACUGUUGAGCUGAUCAAGGUAAUAACCAAAUUACAUUCAAUUGAUAUAAUACAUGGCGAUAUAAAGCCUGAUAAUUGUAUGAUUCGAUUUGAAAAAUCUGAAAUUUCUAUGGGUUACAAAGCUGAUGGAUCCCAUGGUUGGAAUUUCAAAGGAUUGUAUUUAAUCGAUUUUGGAAGAUCGUUUGAUAUGCAAAUACUUCCAGAAGGUACAAAGUUUAUUGCUGAUUGGAAUUUUGAUGAUCAAGAUUGCUUAGAAGUCCAACAGAAGAAAGAAUGGAGUUAUGAAAUUGAUUAUUUUGGAUUAGCUAAUAUGAUUCAUUAUAUGUUAUUCGGGGAACCUAUUUCAUUGAAUACCAAUAAUCAUGGGAAACUGAACAAAAAUUUUAAGAGAUAUUGGCAGAAAGAUAAUAUUUGGUUACCGCUAUUUGAAGUUUUAAUUAACUAUAAUAAAGUGUAUUCAAAUUUUGAAAUCGAACGUAAACUGAUUGAAAUUCAGAAGGAUAUAGAAGAAUUUUUAAUCUCUAAUUCAAUUAAUAAUAACAGAUUUAGAAAUGAAAUAUUUGAAUUAGAGAACGAAUUGCAUAGCAUUAACAUAAAAAUAUAA